AUGGAGACGCCGACGCCCUUCCGUAUUCAUGUCUCGGAUGAGGAGUUGGCAGAUCUGAAGGAUCGGCUCCGAAGGGCCAGGAUUGUGCCAGAUGAGAUCCUGGAUCGAGGUGCUGACCCCUCCGGGGCAUGGGCUUACGGCACGGACCGGACGGUCCUUUCGGAGUAUGUGUCGCAUUGGCUCCACAAGUACGACUGGCGCCAGCAGGAGGCGGAGCUCAAUGCGCUGCCGCAUUUCCGUCUGGAGGUCAGGGGUCUGCAGACGCAUUUUAUACACCAGAGAUCUACGAAUCCUGAUGCGAUUCCCCUGCUGCUCGUGCACGGUUGGCCAGGGUCCAUCGUUGAGUUUCUCAAGCUCCUGCCCUUGCUGGCUGACAAGUUUCACGUUGUGGCCCCAAGCAUUCCUGGAUACGGUUGGAGUGAGGCACCCAAGGAAAGAGGAGCGGACGUGGUGUUCAUGGCGGAUCAUAUGGCGGAGCUCAUGCGGAAGCUGGGUUACGAUAGCUACGUUGCGCAGGGUGGCGACUGGGGCGCAAUCAUCACCUCACUGGUGGCGCAACGAUAUCCGCAGCAGUGUGUGGCACUACAUAUAAACAUGUGUGUUGCAAUCCCUGGGGAUUGGUAUGAUCUGGUGAAAAUCCUGCUGGCAUGCCCCUUCUGGACUUCUGAGGAGUGGGCCGGCAUCCGGAGCACCAUGUACUUCCAGAAAUACGAGACGGCGUAUCAGAAAAUCCAGGGCACGAAGCCCCAAAGCCUCGGAUAUGGCCUCAACGAUAGCCCGGUCGGGCUCCUCGCUUGGAUCUUAGAGAAGUUUCAAAGUUGGAGCGACAGUCGCGGAGGUCGCCCGGAGGCGAGCGGUCUUACCAUGGAUGAGAUUUUGACAAAUGUCAUGGUCUAUUGGACAACUCAGAGUAUUACCUCGAGCCUGAGACUCUACUACGAAACUUUGCAGAGCCAUCCGCCCCCCAAGGAAAAGAAGGCUUCAGUCCCCAAGCUUCGGCAGAUCAGCGUGAAGGUGCCUACGGCAGUCUUAUGGGCACAUCAUGACCUCUAUAAGCUGCCUCGGAGUGUAGUAGCACUUUGCUACAACAUUCGCCAGUGGACGAAGCCUUCCAAAGGUGGGCACUUCUUUGCGUUUGAGCAGCCAGAGAUCAUCGCUGCAGACAUCGAGCGCUUCUUCUGCCAUACGCUCGACUUUCAGCACUGCAAGAAGCACGCACCCCUUCCUGGCCCGGCAGUUCGCCCGGGGAAAUACAUUCUGCUAGCCAUCAUGGCAGAUGCCGCAAGGGAGGCUGCCGAUGCAGCAAUGGCAAUUAGCGAUGGCCAGCAGGACAAGGCCUUGGAAGCUAAGGUGCAUUUGACCGUCUCCCGCAUCAACCUCAGGCUCAACGACCCCGAGUCUGCAGUUCAGGAAGUGCGGGAGGCCAUUGCCAUCUACCAGCAGACCGGAGAGGGCCGCAAGGAAGCUGCCGCAUUCUACGAGCUUGCUGGUGUCUGUAUGGAGUACGGCAACCUCAACGAGGGUCAUCAAGCGGCCGACAAGGCCCAGGGGCUCUGGCAAAACGAAGCGGACAAGAAGGAGGAGAUCAAGGCCAAACUGCGGCUCGCCGAACUCGUUGCGAUGAAAGGCCAGAUAGAGGAGGCCAUCCAAAUCGCCGAGGAGAUGCAGCGUUCAAUCGUGAAGAAGGGCUCCUCUGCACUCACAGACAUCGGCAAGGAUUUUGAUGACAUUGCUGGACGGAUCAACGGCUGGGAGCAUAUGGGCACAGAACUGGGGUCGAAAUUCCUGGCGCUGCCGCCGGGGGCUUGCGAUGUCCUGGUGCCCUCCCGCAGCCUGGUUCCAGACUUUGCAUCCUUCGAGCCCGAGGACAUUUGCGGUGGAUCCGGAUCCGUUUGGGGUCUGAUCGAUGCACUCCUCGAGGAAGUGCAGCAGAAGCUGCGUGAUGCACCCGACGAAGCCGCCAGGGAUCGAGUGAGACAAGAAGAGUUGGGUUCCGUGCAUGGAGAGGACUAUCGCUGGGAUGUGAAGCUUCCCUUGUCUGCGGAUGUCCGCAAUGCUGUAGAGCAACUUGUGUCCUCCAUGGGCAGUCUGCUGGAAGAUCUGGUCUCCAGGGAGGCCGUCCUCGCCGAGCUGGCUUGCGUGGUUAGUGAUCCAGGUGCCAAGCAGCAGCCGCUCCAUGCGGAUACACUUCGAAUAGGUAGCGCCUGCGCGCCAUCUGUCACUGUUUUCGUGCCUUUGCAAGAGACGCGGGCUGCGAUGGGGCCCACGAUUCUAUGCCAAGGUACGCACAACCUCGAGUCGCACCUGUCACUCUUCAAAUGCGAGCAAGUUUUCAUGCCUCAAGACGUAGUUGUCAAGAAGCACGGUGGCCUGCCAGCAGUCUCUGCAGCGGGCACAGCCAUCGUUAUGAACUCGAAUCUGCUGCACUGCGGCGGUCCCAACCUACCGGAUGCCAUGGGUGGCGGCAGACGCAGGCUAUUCUAUGUGACCUUUCAGACACCUGGGAACACGCCCGACAGGUCGUCUUUCUCCUUGCGCGAGGAUUUGCUGGAGGAGCACCAUCUGCACGAGUUUGACUCCGGUCCCAGCUUGGAGCUUUCUCCAGAUCCAGUACGAAAGGCAUUGCUUCUUGGCGCUCUGCGAGGCGACACUGAGGCAAUGCUUGAUCUUGGUAUCCACCUGCAGUCCCUCGGUGACCCUGGGGCCGUGGAAUACUUCCGCAAAGCAGCGUUGAAGAAGAGUGUGAAAGCUUUUGCCCACAUGGCCGACAUCUUCGAUGGAGGUUUGUUGGGGAUUCCUCGAAAUCCGGAGGAAGCCAAGAAGCUGAGAAACUUUGGUGCAGCCAUGGAAGAGUCGAUGAAGAUGGCUGAAGAAGGUACUCCGGGCCCGAGCCCGGACUCUGCAGAUGUCAGAGCAUAA